UAUUUAUUCACAUUUUGUUAAAUGUUAAGUCGUUUAGCACAGUAAAUCUGAGUGCAUAGUAUGUCAUUUCAUUCCGUUUGAGUUUCUUGAGUGUUUUCUUUAAAUGUCUGCGGAGUUGCUGCCCCCUUUUUGAACUAUGAGUACUGCAAUCUUUUUCAUUCUCAGUAUGAGUAGAGAUUUUUGAGCUUUAAUCCAAGGGGAACUCAACGGCCUGGCUGGCAUAUGCAAUGAACAUCAAGACACCAUCUUGCUGCGGAAGCUUAGUUAUUUUUAUUCUCCCCUUUUGAGAGAUCUUUCCUUUUGAUGCCAGUUUUCUUCCUUGUUUACACAAGUUCAGCAAUUCGAAAGGAAAAGGCAAUAGUGAAGGUUUCAAAAUGGCUGAGAAAUUUGAAAGUCUCAUGAACAUUCAUGGCUUUGAUCUGGGCUCCAGGUACAUGGACUUGAAACCACUGGGCUGUGGAGGCAAUGACUUGGUUUUUUCUGCUGUAGACAACGACUGUGACAAGAGAGUAGCCAUCAAGAAAAUUGUCCUUACUGAUCCCCAGAGUGUCAAACAUGCACUCCGUGAAAUCAAAAUUAUUAGAAGACUUGAUCACGACAACAUUGUGAAGGUGUUUGAAAUUCUUGGUCCCAGUGGAAGCCAGUUAACAGAUGAUGUGGGCUCCCUCACAGAGCUGAACAGCGUCUACAUUGUUCAGGAGUACAUGGAGACAGACUUGGCCAAUGUGCUGGAACAGGGCCCCUUACUGGAAGAGCAUGCCAGGCUCUUCAUGUACCAGCUGCUACGUGGGCUCAAGUAUAUCCACUCUGCAAACGUGCUGCACAGAGAUCUCAAGCCAGCUAAUCUUUUCAUUAACACUGAAGACUUGGUGCUGAAGAUAGGUGACUUUGGGCUUGCGUGGAUCAUGGAUCCUCACUAUUCCCAUAAGGGUCAUCUUUCUGAAGGGUUGGUUACUAAAUGGUACAGAUCUCCACGUCUUUUACUUUCUCCUAAUAAUUACACUAAAGCCAUUGACAUGUGGGCUGCAGGCUGCAUCUUUGCUGAAAUGCUGACUGGUAAAACCCUCUUUGCAGCACUGGAUUUCCUGGAACAGAUUCUGACGUUUAGCCCCAUGGAUCGGUUGACAGCGGAAGAGGCGCUCUCCCACCCGUACAUGAGCAUAUACUCCUUUCCCACUGAUGAACCCAUUUCGAGUCAUCCUUUCCACAUUGAAGAUGAAGUUGAUGAUAUUUUGCUUAUGGAUGAAACUCAUAGUCAUAUUUAUAACUGGGAAAGGUAUCAUGAUUGCCAGUUCUCAGAGCAUGACUGGCCUAUUCAUAACAACUUUGAUAUAGAUGAAGUUCAGCUUGACCCAAGAGCCAUGUCUGAUGUCACUGAUGAAGAAGACGUACAAGUUGACCCUCAGAAAUACUUGGAUGGAGACCGAGAAAAGUACCUGGAAGAUCCGGCUUUUGACACCAAUUACUCUACUGAGCCCUGCUGGCAGUACCCGGAUCAUCAUGAAAACAAGUACUGUGACCUGGAGUGUAGCCAUACUUGUAACUACAAAACGAGGUCAUCAUCAUAUUUAGAUAAUUUGGUUUGGAGAGAGAGUGAGGUUAACCAUUACUAUGAACCCAAACUCAUUAUAGAUCUUUCCAAUUGGAAAGAACAAAGCAAAGAGAAAUCUGAUAAGAAAGGCAAGUCAAAGUGUGAAAGGAAUGGAUUGGUUAAAGCCCAGCUAGCGCUGGAGGAGGCAUCCCAGCUGGCUGGGGUAGAAAGGGAGAGGCAGGGAUUUGACUUUGAUUCCUUCAUCGCAGGAACCGUUCAGCUCAGUUCACAGCGUGAACCUCCUGGAGUUGUUGACAAGUUAAACGACUUGAACAGCUCAGUGUCCCAACUGGAGCUGAAAGGCCUGAUAUCAAAGUCAGUAAGCCAGGAGAAGGAGGAGAAAGGGAUGGCAAAUUUGGCUCAGCUAGAGGCCUUAUAUCAGUCUUCUUGGGACAGCCAGUUUGUGAAGGGUGGGGAGGAGUGCUUUCUUGUCAGUCAGUUCUGCUGUGAGGCCAGGAAGGAUGAACAUGUGGAGAAGGAAAACACCUACACCAGUUACUUGGACAAGUUCUUUAGCAGGAAAGAAGAUUCUGAGAUGCUAGACACUGAGGCAGUGGAGGAAGGGAAGCUUGGGGAGAGAGGAAGUGAGGCAGGGUUUUUGAAUAGCAGUGGGGAGUUCCUCUUUAACAAGCAGCUUGAGUCCAUAGGCAUCCCGCAGUUUCAUAGUCCAGUGGGGUCACCCCUUAAGUCAAUCCAGGCCACGUUAACACCUUCCACUAUGAAAUCGUCCCCUCAAAUUCCUCAUAAGACAUAUAGCAGCAUUCUGAAACACCUGAACUAAACACUCAGCAGACAUUUCUUUGUAUUCUUCAUGAAAUGUGUUUUGUCUUUUUUUAUUACUAGUGUUUAAGUCACUUUUUACUUGAAUCAGAAGGUGUCAUUUAGUAAGGAGUUUAUUAGUUCUCAGUUUGUUAAAUCCAGACUUUUUUUCUGCAUGUGAGAUAGUUUCAUUUAACUGGCAUGUCGUUUGCACACAAAAAAAGAGUAGAGCAAAAUAAUGCAAUGCAGGAGGAGACAAAAGAAAUGCACUAAGACUAGAACAUUCUCACAGAACAAUGACUGCUUUACAGGAAACAAAAAUCUUGCCUUGAAAUUUACACAGUGAGACUGUACAUAAUUUCAUGGAAAUAUCUAUUUUUUUUCCUGAAACAUUUUUCAUUCAUUAGUAUUUUCAAGUUUUUCAUGCUGUACACAUUUCUUAAAACACAUGAUACCAGCAGCAACUGAAAAUGAAUGCCGAGUUUGGUACACAUGUGUUAUCUACCUCAAGGUAACAGAAGUAUGUGGCAAACAUAAACCACCCAUAGUGCGUCAGUGUGCACUUCUGUUUAGCCAGCAUUUCUUGUAGUAAACUGUUCUUAAGACUCAUUCAUCACUAUCAGUGUUCUGGUGGUCAUUCUUUAUAGUGAAGUGUUAAUACAUCACAUCUUAUUUAUUUUAGCAAAUCAGUAUAUUUCCUGUAUUUAAUUAUAAAAGUUAACUUAGUUUAAAAUUUUAUUUGCAACAACCCUUUUUCCAUUUGGCACCAUGGUUUGUUGCCUGUCUAGCUGAAGGCAUACCGUCAGCCCUUCCUGAGGCAGUCCACGUAUGUUAAGUGUUCAUUUUAAGUAAAGUACUCACUGUGUAUAGGAAUCCGUAUUUUGGAGGUGCUUGAUCUAUUUACAAAGAAAAUUAGGAAUUACUUUAUUAUAAAAUGCUCCUAGAAGUCUUAAUUGUGUUUAUUUUUCAAAACCUGUAAUGUUAAACUUGUGUGCAUGGAAGUAAUUAAGGUACAUCAUUAUUGUAGCUUAAAAGUUGUACAUGAUAAGACUUUUUUUGUUUUGUUUUUACUGUAUGUUUUUAUUGAAUGAUCUAUUCCCCAUCCCUAGGCAAGCAUGAAUAAAAAUUAGGUUAAAUGUAAAA